AGCGACGUGGCAGCGGGACUCCUCACUCCAACUCCAGCAGGCAGCAGCCCCACAGCCACCGGUAACGAGGCGGCCCACCGCCCCCCACGCGGCCGUGCCCAGCGCCACCACCUACCAGCGCUUCCCGAGGUCGCCGUCGCCGCCUGCGCCAGCCCAGGUCCGCCGAGCAGAGGAGCCUAUGGCACCCUCGCCGCUACACUUCCGGUCGCCGGCGCUGGCGAGCCCGCCCCUCUCCCCCCGCCGGUGCCCGCCCGCGGUGGCCGCGGCGGCGUCGGUCCGUUCGGCUCCUGCCCCCACCGCCGCGUCCCCAUUCUCUAGGCUCCGUACCAGGUGCAGGUUCGCCGCGUCGGAUGUCAGGGAGGAGUACUCCUCCACCCCGAUCGAUAUUGUCGCUGACGUGAAGACGGAGAAGAUUGUGGUGUUGGGCGGAAGUGGAUUCGUUGGCUCUGCGAUUUGCAAAGCUGCUGUUUCUAAAGGCAUUGAGGUUGUGAGCUUGAGCAGGUCAGGACGACCAUCUUACUCUGAUCCCUGGGUUGAUCAAGUAAAUUGGCUAGCAGGAGAUGUUUUCUAUGCAAGAUGGUAUGAAGUAUUGGUUGGAGCUACUGCUGUUGUGUCCACCCUUGGAGGAUUUGGCAAUGAAGAACAAAUGAAAAGGAUAAAUGGUGAGGCAAAUGUCAUAGCAGUAAAUGCUGCAAAAGAAAAUGGAGUCCCAAAGUUCAUUUUAAUCUCUGUUCAUGACUAUAAUCUUCCAUCCUUUCUUCUAACCUCGGGUUACUUCACUGGUAAGCGAAAGGCCGAGUCUGAAGUCCUCUCCAAAUACCCAGCCUCAGGUGUUGUGUUGAGGCCAGGCUUCAUUUACGGUAAAAGGAAAGUAAACGGCUUUGAGAUACCGCUCGACGCUGUGGGAGAACCAUUAGAGAAGCUGCUUUCCUCGGUUGAAAACUUCACCAAACCGUUGAGCUCACUGCCUGCUUCUGACCUAGUCCUUGCACCCCCUGUGAGCGUGGAUGAUGUCGCCUAUGCUGCAAUCAACGCGGUUGUAGAUGACAGCUUCUUUGGGGUGUUCACGAUCGAGCAAAUCAAGGAAGCCGCUGCCAAUGUAAGAGUGUGAACCUGGAGCCUUGUUUCGCUGUCUCCGAAGGUGUUGUAGAUGGAAAGUUUCUAAAUUCAGCAGUAAUUCAAAUGAUCCCUGUGGAUCAUUCCCCCCUGAAUCUUUGACCAUAGUCGAUAGUUCAAAAUUCAGUGCAACAUAGUCCUUUUGUUUAUGCUGGAA